AUGGAGUUUUCUUGCGGAUUGUGCCAGGAGGUAUUUGGCGGGUUCCGCAAGGCCCAGAAACACAUCAGCACCAGCAACCACUACCGGUUCAAGGCGGGGUCCAAUGACGUGGCGUGCGAGAGGUGCGGCAUGAUGAACGUCGCAGAUCUCGUCGUGCUACAGUUUGGAGGCAACAAGCUGGACCUGGUGUGUCGGCGGUGCGCAGGCGGCGUCAAGAGCAUGCGUGAGUACGCCCUGGGCAAGACGGACAACUUCAUGAAGAUAGUUGCAGACUAUUAUGUCGUCAAGAAGGCCGGCCCUGGCGACGACGACGACUAUCUGGUCAAGGUCACCGGAGACGAUCAGUAUCGUCUGCGAGACCGCAAGAAAGGCAAGGGUCGGUCCUUUGGAAAACCGACCCGUCCUACUGCCAAGCGAGAGACGCCAAGGGGUCCAAAGGGUCCAAAAGAUUUUUCCCAGCCUGAAAAAGGCUCACAGACCACACAGGAUGAAGCACAGAAAGACGGGCUAAAACCCCAGGCUAAACCGUCCUCAAAGCCUGAAAAACCUGUCAAAAGCAAGAAAGUCUCUGUCAAAGGACCAAAGGGCCCAAAAGGGCCCAAAGAGACGAACGGUAGGAGUGGCAAGAACCAGCCACCAACAGCUAAAGCCAAGGCCACGGAGAGAGGAAAGACCGGCGGAGCUAAGCAGAAACCGUCUCCAACGCCUUCCGUCUCUGCUCCGUCCAUCAAUUCCCAAAUUGUGCUUGUUGAGCAGCUCAUCAGGUCCACGGCCACAGAAAUUCCCCUCAAAUACGAGUCUCUUCCUGAAUAUUUCCACCACCUCUGCUACGGGCUUUUCCUUGAAGAAUUAUUUGAGACCCAGUUUUUGACAAGGGUCACAGUGACCUGGUCUCGCGAAAACCCUUACGGAGAGUUCACUGCUGAGGUUGACAAAAGAGAGGCCGAGGAGUACUCGAAAAACGAUCCGUUGUCUCACCUGAAAAACGGACCGUUCAGCAGAGGCCAGGCGUUUUUCCUCGUGCGCAAGUCGGCCGUCAAACUCGCAGAGAGGCCGGAGUUCUGGUGCUGUGCGGCACAGUUUUCCAAGAUGUCACGCAACUCCAACAAAGUCACCGUUCCGAUGGACGUCUACAAGUGGAACCUCGAGCCUAUUCCGUCCGGAGCGCCCGUGUCGGGUUUUGCGCUGCUUCCGUGCGGAGCUGUGGUCACGAGAGUGAUGCAGGCGAUUGAGAGACUGGAAAACACCCACUUCAAAGACAUGCUGCUGGGUCAGAAGCCGAUCCGGCAGAUCUUCUUCAAAAACAGAAUUGCCAGCCUCAAAAACACCCUGAACGAGUCGCAGUCUGUUGCUCUGCAGUCGGCUCUAAACAACCAAAUCACCAUCCUAAAGGGCCCUCCAGGGUCAGGAAAGACGUCCACGAUUUACGAGAUGAUCCUGCAAUUGCUGGACCAGCUGCAUUACCACCCGAUUCUCGUGGUGGCAGCUUCCAACAUUGCCGUGGACAAUAUUGCCGAGAAAAUGAUGAAGGACCACAAAGACGACAUCAUCAGAGUGCUCUCCAUGGCAAAGGAGAGCGAGUACAACAAAGACCAUCCGCUUGCAGACAUCUGUCUGCACCACAAAAUCAGAGACCGUCUGCCGUCCCAUGCUCAGGAUACGUUACGUAAUCUUGCAACCGGCAAGGCGCACAAGGUGUCCAAGAACCAGUUCAAAAAGUUGAUCGAGACCAACAAGGACUUGAGCAGGCUGCUGAUUGGCCAGGCCAAGGUGAUCUUCUCGACCACCGUGGCCAUCGGAGGCCCACAUUUGCGCGAUCUCGCGCAACUGCCAGUGGUCAUCGUCGACGAGGCCACGCAGUCGUCGGAGCCCAGCUCGCUUAUUCCACUCGCGGCUCCGAACGUCCAAAAGGUGAUUUUCGUUGGAGACGAGGCCCAGCUGAGCUCAUACACCCGCGUGAAGUCGCUGGAGAUGUCUCUUUUCGAAAGAACGCUCAAAAACGGCACUUACCAGUCUCCGCUCAUGUUUGACACACAGUAUAGAAUGCACCCGGAAAUCAGCGAGUUCCCGCGGAUGGAGUUCUACGAGGGCAAGCUGAAGGACGGUAUCACAGCCGAGGACAGAAAAGUCGCCGGAAUCUCGUACCCGGUGUUUUUCUGGGACCAUGCUGGUGACGCCAGAGAAAGCAGGGUCCGCUCGCUCAGAGUGGGCGAGGAGACCGGGUACACGUAUGUGAACCGCGGCGAGGUGGAGCGCGUUUCGAGGAUCGUGGAGACGUUGGUUGUGGACAAGCAGAUUGCUCCAUCGCGCAUCGGCGUGAUCACGCCGUACGCCGGCCAGAGAGACCUGAUCUCGGCCAGUUUCAAGGACAACCUGCUCAUCAACCCGGAGAAACAGGAAGUCCAGGUCCAGGUCGACAAGGAGGACGUCGAGAGCGAGUCCAAGGCGGCCACUGUGCACCAGGUGAACGGCAUUCUUGUUGCGUCGAUCGACGCGUUCCAAGGACGCGAGAAAGACUUCAUCGUCAUGUCGUGUGUGCGGUCCAACACCGAGCGCAACAUCGGGUUUCUGAGAGACCGCAGACGGCUGAACGUGGCGCUGACCCGUGCCCGAUGCAGUCUGCUGUUUGUAGGCGACGCGCACUGUCUGAAGGGUGACCAACUGUGGCGGUCCUACAUCGAAGGUUUGGAACGGAAAAAUUACGUCCAGCAGAAACUGGUGUACUAA